AUGGCCGUUAGUCGUACGUGCCGCAAAGGUUGCCCAUACGGCGACCCCAUCAGCGGGCCCUGCAGCCGCUGCCUCGCCCGCGACGCAUGGCGUAUAGCCGUGUGCUACGAUCUGCGCAACCUCGGCGAUACGCUGCUCGAGAGCUUUUUCGCCCUUGCUGUGGCCAUGGAGGCCGAUGCGCAGGAGGACCCGGCAGCCGACACGGCCGACUAUGAAGAGCACGCUGGAAGCGUGCGCGAGAACCUGUACGCGCGCAUGCGGCGUGACUUCGAUGCCAUGCGUGCCGGAGACAGUGCCUUCAGCUGGGACGACGGAAUGGUCCCCAACGUGGACCUCGAAUUUGGCGAUGUAGUGGAGCAGAUGAUGUGGGCGAAAGGGGGAUGCCCGGAUCUGUCGGAGGGCGACUUUGUACUCAUGUUCAACUGGUUGAUGGGUCAUGUCGGCGAAAGGGUACUACGUCACAGGCAAGAGUUCCUGGCCAUGUUGCGCUGGGCGAACCUGAAUAUAGCCAUGGUGGAGUGA